GAGAACCACAGAGACUGCAGCUGGGGGCUGGAGCUCUGAGGAGUAGCACCUGUGUCUACAGGGACUCAGAUCCCUAGGCCUCGCUCUUUGGUCCUGCUGUCCUGGGUAGGGCAAUCUGAGAAGCAAGGGACUGCUGUACCAGUUUCGUGGAAAUUGUUGGCUGCUGACAAAGAAGCUUGAUUACUUCAGUACCUCAACCUACUCUGGCUACUUUCUGGUGACCGAUCCUUCAGGCUAAGAGAACCUGCUGGGGCCUAAGAUGCCGACUACCUUGGGACCUGCAAAGGCCUGACCUGUCGGGCCGGCGUGCACGUUAGCUGAUCACCCUCACCAAGCCUCUGAUGGCAAACCUGUUCAGUGUGCUUCUGAGAUUCUGCUGAGGAAUGAUGGGAAGUUUGCCCAGCAGAGGGAAAAACUCCGACCCAAGCUCCAACUCCAACUCCAGCUUCUCUGGUCCAGGCCAGGACCCCGUGUCCAUACAAUCAGAAAAAUACAAGGCCACAGCUGUGGCCCUGGGCAGAUUCCCAGCAGGUGAGCAGGCCGGACUAUCCCUGAGACUCGGGGAGCCACUGACCAUUGUGUCUGAGGAUGGAGACUGGUGGAUGGUCCGGUCGGAAGUCUCAGGCAGAGAAUAUCACAUCCCCAAUGUGUAUGUGGCUAAAGUCUCCCACGGGUGGCUGUACGAGGGCCUGAGCCGGGAGAAAGCUGAGGAACUACUCUUGUUACCUGGGAACCCCGGAGGGGCCUUCCUCAUCCGGGAGAGCCAGACCAGGAGAGGCUGCUAUUCCCUGUCCAUCCGACUCAGCCGCCCUGCAUCCUGGGACCGGAUCAGACACUACAGGAUACAGCGUCUUGACAAUGGCUGGCUGUACAUCUCACCUCGCCUCACCUUCCCCUCGCUCCAUGCCCUGGUGGAGCAUUACUCUGAGCUAGCGGAUGGCAUCUGCUGUGCCCUCAGGGAGCCGUGUGUCCUGCAGAAGCUUGGGCCACUACCUGGCAAAGAUACACCUCUACCUGUGACUGUGCCAACAUCAUCACUGAACUGGAAAAAGUUGGACAGCAGCCUCCUGUUUUUGGAAGCACCUGCCAGUGGGGAGGCAUCUCUUCUCAGUGAGGGGCUACGAGAGUCCCUCAGUUCCUACAUCAGCAUGACUGAGGAGAACUCCCUGGAUGAUGCCUAAUCCUACAGCAGAAAGCCACAGGGAACUAAGACUGUGGCACCUAGAACUCCAACUCGGCUGACCCUGACAAAGCUCCCAGGAGGCAAGGCUGUGGGAGCAGAGACGGCUAGGGUGGGGCAGCCACUUAAGGGCCUCACCUGGAACUUCUGAUAAGUCACUUGUCUUCUUCCAUGGCCUCAUCCCUGCCUGCAAUCGCUAGUCCAAAUGCAGCAGUUCAAAGCAGGGCUGGGCCUCUAUAGAGGGUAAAAUACUUCUGAGGUCUGAUAAGUUAUUUCCGGAGAGAAAUAUCCAGUACAAUAGCUAAUCAGCCCUACUAGAAGGCAGAGGGAUCAUCACUACCAUAGAGAGAAAAACUACUAGGAAAAUCACAAGUCUUGUUUGGCAUGCAAAUACAUCUCAAAUGGUAAGAUGGCUUAGAAAGCAGACAAGAGGAACACUUGAAGGCUUUACGGCAGUGGACCUCACCUAACUCCCACACAAGGGGAAGACUGACAAUCCAGAUCUUCCCAUGAUCUCCCAUCAAGACCUUUCAGCCAAGCUCAGUGUACAGCAGAACACAGCCAGGUCCUUCCCGUACCCGUUUUGCCACCUGGUGGACAAACACAAAAUGACAACGCUGAAAUCUCACAUCUAGACCUAUCUUAGUAAUGAGUCAGGACAUCAAGUGGUGGACCCUCUCUGAAAUGCCAAAGCCAAGGCAAUAACCUUCACCAACUCCAGCCAAAAGAGGAAGUCUGGGUGCUGCUGCUGUGGGAGGAGUGGGAGGAGGGAAGCGAGGGCUAUGCUAGGUUCUGAGGGUAGGUCAGUAGGUAAGCAGGCAUGCCGACACACUUUCAGUUAAAGAUCUGUUUAUUCAAGUAUCUGAAAACAUCCUACAAUGGAAACUUAUUAGAUGGCUGCUUGUAUUGUACCAUGGACCACACACAUGGUGUUUUCAGAAGACUUGAGAUGCAGUGAUGGUUUAAAAACUGUACACCUGACGGAGAACCAAGGAAGACAAUGUUUCAUCCGGAUCCAGAGGCGCAUCAAAUUCAACAGCAGCUCCACUUGGCAAACAGCUGUUACAUGAUGGUAUCCAAGAAAAAAAUAGUUGACGAUGGACAAAUUCAGAAAUGCUUCCCCAAAGGCGGAUGGUUCUUUGAAAAGUUUCACAACCCUUGCAGUAAGCACUGAUGCCCAACACGCUGAUUCUAAGUCCAGGAGAUGUGGGUCUUCUCGGUUCCACACGGCAGGAGUGCCUCAAUAAGCAUGUAUCUGUGCUGUAAAAAAAGGGUCCUUUGGACUGGACAGAAGAGAUGGGAGCAAAUGCCAUCAGUCAUAGUGGAUGGCAGUGUAAAAGAUGAUCCAAAUGACCUAUGGGAGACACAAGCAAUAGUCAGGUCAUCACCUGGAUCUACACAGGCCCCUCCCCCACAUGAAGAUGACAAUGCAGAAGUCUGAGGUCUUAAGGAUGUUCAUAAAGGGUAAUUAUUAAUCCCAAAAAUCACAGAAAAGGUCUGUUCCCAUAGUCACUUCCCAUCUCUCUCCCUUCAGGUACUGGCAACCAUUAACCUACUUCCUGUCUUUGGCCCUGUGUAUUCUGUAUUUUACUAAGGGGACCAUGUAGCCGUUUAUGUCUAGAGUCUUCCAUUUGGUAUGUUUUAAAGGUUCACUAUACUGCAGGACCACAGACAAUUAUCAUUUAUUGUAUGCACAGAAGACAUUUUACACUUCAGAUGACAGCCAUGUGAGUAGUUACUUUCCCCUAUUAUGAAUAAUGGAUAUAUUUCAUAUACACGUAUCUACAUUUUUGGCUUUUCCCUUCCUUUUGAGGAUAAGGUCUCUCUAUGUAGCUCAGUCUGAAUUCUAAUAAGUCAACUAGUGGUUUCUCUGAGCAACCUGACAUAAAACGAACAGAAGCUGUUGCUCAACUACAGCUACACAUACCAUGAACAAGGCAAAUGAUGUCAUAAAGCCUUCCUUGGUGAGCUCCCAAGUGCCCCCAUACUCCUCCUCGUCGAUUUGUAGGUAGUUACUGAAGUAGAGAUACAGGACUCCUGCAUUGAUCAGGCAGAACCUGGAGGGAGGGGGAUAAAUACCAAACACAAACGGUAAGCUCUGAGGCUGCAGGCUCUCCCUCACCCCUGUGUUCCAGUUUAUUCUUUGCCCAUGUGACUUCCCACCCUGCCCUGAUGACCCCCAGAGAGAAGGUCCAAGCUUAGGAAGACAGGCUCAAUCUGUUUACUUCAUCAUGAGUGUCUGAGUCUCUCCAGAGGGGCCUCAGCUCCCUCGUAUAUAAAACGGGGGUGGGGGUGGGGCUCUCUAAUAGUUAUUAAGGUUGGAGUGAAGGAAAUAAUACAUACAAAUGUCUAGACCUUAAGUGGAGCUGCCUACCUACCCAACUAAGCUGGAGAUUGGAGAUUUAAGACAACUACUUUUAGCCAAAAGCAUGAACUAAAACAUUUAAAGCUCAGGGCGGGGGUCCCAAUGCAAUGGCAGAACACUUGUCUGGCACACUCAGUUUUGAGCUCCAUUCCUAGCACUGCCCCAAUUUUCCAAUCUACACUUCUUUUUUUUUUUUUUUUUUUUUUUUUUUUGAGAUAGGUUCUCCAAAAAAAGACAAGCCGGGCAGUGGUGGCGCAUGCCUUUAAUCCCAGCACUUGGGAGGCAGAGGCAGGCAGAUUUCUGAGUUCAAGGCCAGCCUGAUCUACAUAGUGAGUUCCAGGACAGCCAGGGCUACACAGAGAAACCCUGUCUCGGAACCCUCUACCCCCAAAAAAUAAGAGAAAGAGAGAGAGAGAUAGUGUCUUAGUGUCUCACUAUGUUGUCUUGGCUAGCCUGGAAAUCUAUCACGUGGUCAGCCAGGCUGACCACAAGCUCACAAGAAUUCUCCUGCCUCUACCUCCAGAGUGCUGGGAUUAAGGGAACACACCAUUACACUCACUCAUUCUCCAAUGUAAAGCACACAGACUUUCAGCCUCCUUGAAAAAAAAAAAAAAUCAACAUGGCUGUCACGCCACCCUAAAUAAGACCUAUACAAGCCAGGAGCCUCAGAUAGCUCCAGCUGAAGGAUGAUCAGGGGACAGACAUAUUUAAUUGCUUUAUGGCCUAGUAAAGCAAAUAAAAACAUUGUUUGUUCUCUG